CCUGAGGAGGCCCCACUUCCCUGCAGCUCGGUGGCCCUGCCCAGGGACCCACAGUGUUCACGGAGGGGUCCAGCGCCUCCAUCUCGCUUUCUGUUGACCACCUUCCCUCUCCUCUGUCCUGUGUGUGGUCCCCUCCCUUCUGCCCUGCCUCUCGCUUGGGAUGGCUUCUUUUGGCAUGCUUGGGCUCUGCUUCUGGCAGGAGUUGGCAGUGGCCGUCCCUGUGGUCGGAGCUGUGGGACGGUGGAGCUGCGGCUGGUGCGGGACUCCCGAGACAGGUCAGUGCGGGUGGCCCGGGGCCGCAGGUGGCAUCAUGCGGGGGCUGGAGGCAGAGACACAGGAGGAGAUGGCGGGUGGCUGGGCCUGGGGAGUGGGCAGGGGCGAGGCUGUGACCCGCCGUGGCCCCUCUGGCCUCCGUUGCGCACCUGCAGGCAGCAAGGUGCCACUGUGAUGGGGCCUGGCCCCGAGCCACUGGUACGGCCACGCUCUGCACCCAGGGGUUCUUACAGUUGUGAUGUUAGGACUCAGCCUUUCCUAGGCUGCUCUGCUCUGCACAGGGCUUUAGUCUUUCCUGGGGAGCGUGAGUUGAUGGGAAAGGAAUUCCUGGGCAAGGUGAGGCAGGGUCAGGGUGGCUUCUGAGAGAGGUGCAGGGGUUCCUGCCCUGCAGGCAGGCGGAGGACAUGGUGUGCUGCCCAAGCUGUGGGUCUGCCCUUUUCUGCAACUGACCUUUCCUUCUCAUCGCCCAGGGCCAGGAGGGCCAGCCUCCCACAGACCCAGGCUUGGGGCUGGCUAUGAAUCCACUGAGACGGGCUUCUUUCUGCUUACUGUCCCAAGAGGGCUUUGGAAGCUGGCGCUGGCCACAGGCCCAGAAAGCAACACCUACCAUGGAGGGGGGAAGCUGCCGGCUGCCGGUGGAGAAGGGGCUCCUCAGGAUGUUCCUCCAGGGCCUGGGCUUGUUCUGCUGCAGUACUCCCUGGGCUUCUGCCGUGUCCCCAGGGACCCUGAGCACACUGGGCUCCGCAGCCCCAGAUCACUAGACCUGGACUCUCUCCCCUCUGCCACCUACACAGGGGCAGCCUGGGCCUGGCCGUAGACCCAUCCCAGGCCUGGUGGAGCUGGGCACUCGGAGGGCUGGGGCCAGCAGCCCUGGGGAAGGGGGUGGUCACCUGUGUGCCAGGGGUCUGAGCCCCAAGGGGCAGACAGAUGUCGUGUGGUAGGGACACCAGCCUGGAGUUCGCUUGUGGUGUCCUGGGGAGCUUUCUCUACAUCUGAGCUCAUCAUGAGGCGUCUCCCUUCCGGGAUUUAUUUUAGCUAAUUAGUUGGAAAUGACAGAGCCGUGUUUCAGACUCAGGAGCAUCCUACAUUAUCAAACUGAGGGCAGUUAGCACCCGGGCCAAAUGUCUACUCUGGCUCCUUGUCCAGUGACACCUCUGGAGGCUGCCAGGUGGCCUGGCAGAAGGGUGUGGGGCCCCCUUGGUCCAUCGGACCUCUGUGAUCACUGUGUCCUGGGUCCUCAGUGGCCGGGCUGGGAGCUCAGGCCCUGGCUUGUCCACCUGCCUCCCGUGUCCUGAGCCGGAGGGCUGAGUCUUGGCAUCUCGCCUCAGUUGCCUGGCCCUGAUUUCUGGGGCCUUCCCAGCUACACCUGCGGGGUCCCUGGGGCUGGGGAGUGUGUGGCCUCUGGGGGCAUAGCUUGUCUCCUGAGCGCCUGGGAGCACUGGGGAGCACUGGGGCACUGGGGCCUCUGCCCACCUGCCUGUGCCUCACGUGGAUUCUCUUUCCCUCCAGGCUGAGGCAGCCGUAGCUGCUGUGGCGGUGGCAGACUCUGUCCGAGAUGGUGCCCCCAUGGGCCCUGGUUGCGUGUCCAAGGCGUGGGGCCGAGUGGGGGCCUGCACAUCGGCCCUGGUCACCCCAGCCCCUGGCACCUCAGCAGGGGGCUCUACAGGCCCGUCGGCCGCAGCCUCCUUCUUCAUGAGAAGGAAGCCGUCCCUGGGGCCUCUUAAAAGACAACUCCUAUUUAAGAGAGGAGUUAAGCAAAGUGCGAGGGCUGCUCAGAAGCUCAGCCUGGCCUCCAAGCGCAAGAAGCAGCACCUGGCGCCCACCCCCACGUCCCGUAGUGCCUCCACCUACCCCACCGACUUCAGCGGCACCCUGCAGCUGUGCCCGCCCCCGGUGCCGCCCUGCCUGCUCAGAGCUGCCUCCAAGGCCAAGGACAACCCAGGUGGCUUCGGAAAGGUGAAAGUCAUGCUGCGCAUCUGGCCAGCACAGGGUGUCCAGCGCUCGGCUGAGUCUGCAUCCUUCCUGAAGGUGGACCCCCGGAAGAAGCAGGUGACCCUCUACGAUCCAGUCGCCGGGUCCCCGGGUGGUGCAGGCCCCCGGAGAGCAGCCACAGCAGCCAUACCCAGGAUGUUCGCCUUUGAUGCUGUCUUCCCUGCGGACUCGGAGCAGGCUGAGGUCUGCUCUGGGACUGUGGCCGACGUGCUCCAGUCUGUGGUUGGUGGGGCUGAUGGCUGCAUUUUUUCCUUUGGCCACACGAGCCUUGGCAAGUCGUACACCAUGAUCGGGAAGGACAGCUCACCCCAGAGCCUGGGCGUGGUGCCCUGCGCCAUCUCCUGGCUCUUCCGCCUGGCGGAGGAGCGCAGGGAGAGGACGGGCACCCGCUUCUCCAUCCGCGUCUCAGCAGUGGAGGUGUGUAGCCGGGACCAGAGCCUGCGGGACCUGCUGGCCGAUGUGGCCUCCAGCGGCCUCCAGGACACCCAGCCUCCGGGCGUGUACCUGCGGGAGGACCCGGCGUGUGGGGCACAGCUGCAGAACCAAAGCGAGCUGCGGGCACCCACGGCGGAGAGGGCGGCUUUCUACCUGGAUGCGGCACUGGCCGCCCGUGGUGCCCAGGCCAGCGGGGAAGACAGGGGCCACAGCUCCCACCUUCUCUUCACACUGCACGUGUACCAGUACCGCGUGGAGAAGUGUGGCCGGGCCGGAAUGUCUGGAGGCCGGAGCCGCCUGCACCUCAUUGACCUGGGCAGCUGUGAGGUGGCGCCUGGCAGUGGUGAGGAGGCCACCGGGGGAUCCCUGUGUCUGUCCCUGUCAGCCCUGGGCAGUGUCAUCCUGGCUCUGGUCAAUGGUGCCAAACACGUGCCCUACAGGGAUCACAGGCUCACCAUGCUGCUCCAGGAGUCCCUGGCCACCACCAGCUGCCGCACCACCAUGAUCGCCCAUGUGUCAGAUGCAGCAGCCCACCACGCCGAGACACUCAGCACCGUGCAGCUGGCUGCCCGUGUCCACCGCCUGCGCAGGAGGAAGGCCAAGCACGCGUCCAGCUCCUCAGGUGGGGAGAGCUCCUGUGAGGAGGGCCGGGCCCGCCGCGCCCCCCUCCUGCGGCCCUUCCACUCACGAGCAGUGGCCCUGGACCCCGACCGCCCACUGCCCGGCCUGCCUGGCGACCCCGACUACUCCUCCAGCAGCGAGCAGUCCUGUGACACGGUCAUCUACGUGGGGCCAGGUGGGACGGCGCUGUCAGACCGCGAGCUCACGGACAACGAGGGCCCUCCAGACUUCGUGCCCAUCAUCCCCUCCCUGAGCCGCCGCCCGCCCCCCGCCGGCCCCCGGGAUGCUGACCACUUCCGCUGCAGCACGUUCGCGGAGCUGCAGGAGCGGCUGGAGUGCAUUGAUGGCAAUGAGGGCCCCCCUGCGUCCCUGGGCGGCAGCGACAGAGCCCAGGCCUGCCCGGCCCGAGGAGGCAGGAAGCCUUCGCCGCCUGAGGCCGCGUCCCCCAGGAAGGGCAUGGGCACCCCGUUGGCAACCAGCACUCCUCGAGGCAGCCCUGGCCCAGACACCCACCAGGGCGACCCCGAACCUGCCAGGGGUGGUGCCCAGGGUGACCAGCAAGAGGAUGGCAGCUCCCAGUGUGAGCCACUGGCCCUGGACAAGGCUGUGGGGGCUGAAGGCCGGAGGCCGCUGCCCAGCCUGGCCCCUCUACCACCCAGGCAGUCAGAAGCCCUGGGAGCUCCGGCGGAACUCAGGGGAGGGGGCACCGAAGGAGCAGUGCGGACGCCCCCCGUGGGCAUGAGCAGGCAGGGGCAUUUCCCACUGGCCCCGGACUCAGGCUGCCCCUGCCCGUCCAUGCGGGGCCAUCAUCUGGAGCGGGGCCUGCUGACCACCACAGUGACCCUGCAGCAGCCCGUGGAGCUGAAUGGUGAGGACGAGCUGGUGUUCACAGUAGUGGAGGAGCUGCCCCUAGGGGGACUGGCAGGCGCAGCGCGGCCCUCAAGCCUGACCAGCUUCGGCAGUGACUGCUCCCUGCAGGCCCUGGCCUCGGGCUCUCGGCCUGUCAGCAUCAUCAGCAGCAUCAAUGACGAGUUUGACGCCUAUACCUCUCCGGCCCCUGAGGGCCCUGGGGAGCCGUUGGAGGGAGCAUCCUGGCCAGGAGGCAGCCCCGGCUCCUCCGUUGGCUCCUGGCUCAACGAGGUUGGCGUCUGCAGAGCCGCCAGCCGCAGCCCCACGCCACAGCCUCCCUUUAGCCCCGAUGCGCCAGCGGGACCUGGGCCUCCAGAGCCCUCUGUCUGGGGCAGCUCCUUGGAAGGUGUCAGGUCUGCUGAACAGGGUGGGCCUGAUGGCUCUGGCCCAGCCCAGAGUCUGUGCACGGGGGAAGUGGCUGGCGUGGGCCUGUCGGGAGCUGGCCGGGAGUCCUGGGCUAGGUCCUUCCAGGGCACUGCCACAGCCCAGACCAUCCACUCCAGCCUUCCCCGGAAGCCCAGGACCACCUCUGCGGCCAGUCGUGUGGCCUGCGCCCGCCCUAGCCAGAGCCCACCCAGCCCCCUAAGCCUAUUUGAGGACCCGUGGCUGCUGCGUGCAGAUGACUGUGAUGCCCCUAGCCCGACCCCAGGAUCCCCCUGGCUCCCUGAGGCGCAGGCAGGGCCAGCUUAUGCCCAGAGGGUGGUGGAUGGCUGUGUGGUGGUGGCCAGGGCAGCCCGCAGGCCGGAGGCCGUGGCUUGGAUCCCGCCCCUGCGGCGGGGAGCCACCACACUGGGGGUGACUACACCUGGCAUGUCCUGUGGGGACACUGUGGCCGGGGCAGCUGCCUGCUCCACCAGCCUGAAGGGCUCUCCUGGCAGCAGGAAGGGCAUGUCUCCCAAGGGCGGCUUCUUCCCGAGGUCUGGGGGUGCAACGCCCCCCGCCCCUCCUGUGCGCAAGUCCAGCCUGGAGCAAAGCAGCCCGGCCCAGGCCCCCAUCCUGGCCCCAGGCCUCACCCGGACAGGGGCUGCUGCCACCUUUCAUGGGGAGGAGGAGGCCCGGGCCAGUGGGCGGGCUGACCAUGCCAUGCCUAAGGCCACGUCCAGUCUCAGGGCCCGGGCAGGCAGGAUGGAGGUGGCCCACCGUCCUGCUGGCCACGUGUCCCUGGAGCGGUGCGAGGGCCUGGCACACAGCAGCAGGGCCCGGGAAGCCCCCGGGCGGCCGCCCCGGGCUGUGCCCAGGCUGGGUGUAGCACCCGCUAGCCCCAUGCCUGGAUCGUCCCCUGCCUGCCGGGGCAGCCCAGCCAAGUGCACAGGAACCCCCAAGCCCCCAGCUGGUGCAGCCAAGAGCCGCAGCCCCAUGGCCAGUAGCUCUCGGGCUCUGGGUGGGUCAGUGAAGCCGCUGGCCGCGGUGGCUGGCAGGCCCCCCGGUGGCCCUGGGCCAGGACCCCGAGUGGCCCCACGGGCUGCUCCUGGCGCUGGGGCCAAGGCUGGCCGGGGCACCGUCAUGGGCACCAAGCAGGCGCUUCGGGCUGCUCACAGCCGCGUGCACCAGCUGGCAGUCAGCGGGGCCCCUGGCAGAGGCGGCCCCUCGUGGGGCUCCGUGGACUCAGACAGCGGCAAUGGCAGUGGCGUGAAUGUGGCGGAGGAGCAGCCACCUGCGGGCUCCGCCCUGCCGUCCCCCUACAGCAAGGUGACUGCGCCCAGGCGGCCCCAGCGCUAUAGCAGUGGGCACGGCAGCGACAACAGCAGCGUGCUGAGCGGGGAGCUCCCGCCCGCCAUGGGCCGCACUGCCCUCUUCUACCACAGCGGCGGCAGCAGCGGCUAUGAGAGCAUGAUGCGGGACAGCGAGGCCACGGGCAGCGCGUCCUCGGCCCCCGACUCCACGAGCGAGAGCGGGGCUGCCUCCCCGGGCGCCCGCUCCCGCAGUCUCAAGUCCCCUAAGAAGAGGGCCACAGGUCUGCAGCGGCGGCGGCUGAUCCCAGCCCCGAUGCCUGAGACCGCUGCCCUGGGCCGCAAGCCCACCCUGCCUGGGCAGUGGAUAGACCUGCCCCCGCCGCUGGCCGGCUCUCUGAAGGAGCCCUUCGAGAUCAAGGUGUAUGAGAUUGACGAUGUGGCGCGUCUGCAGCGUCACCGCCUGCCCCCGCGGGAGGACCUGGCCCAGCCCUCCCAGGAAUUGAGGAAGGGUCUGGUGUGUGUCAGCUCCAAGCUGCGGCUGGCCGAGCGCAGGCAGCAGCGGCUGCAGGAGGUCCAGGCCAAGCGAGACCACCUUUGUGAGGAGCUGGCCGAGACCCAGGGCCGGCUGAUGGUGGAGCCCGGCCGCUGGCUGGAGCAGUUUGAGGUGGACCCGGAGCUGGAGCCCGAGUCGGCCGAGUACCUGGUGGCUCUGGAGCGUGCCACAGCCGCCCUGGAGCAGUGCGUGAACCUGUGCAAGGCCCAUGUCAUGAUGGUCACCUGCUUUGACAUCAGCGUCACCACCACCACCGCUGUGCCAGGGCCACAGGAGGUGGACGUCUGAGGCCGGGUGCUGAACAGGGGAGGGGAUGUGCAGGGGCUGCGAGGACUGAAUGUGGGAUGGAGCGAGGAUGUGGUGGGGCUGAGGGCGAGGACGGGGGUCUCAGAGAGGAGAUGCAGCGUGGGAAGCGGAGGGCCGGCUGGCCAAGGAUGGAGCCAGCAAGCGCGGGAACUGGAAGAUGAUCGCCACCUGGACAGCCACGCAAGUGCCUUUAACCUCGAGUUGGACUCUUCUCCUUUUUGCAUUUGGUGCUACGGACUCAAGACACCAGCAGACGUGUGCUGGGCCCGGCUCGGCGGCUGUGCCCAGCUGGCUGUGUCCGCUUCGCCUUCCCCACAGUCAGCAGUCUGUGGCGGGACGGACCUGGGGUCCCGGCCCUUUGUCAGGAUCAGGUUUCUUCUCCUUUGCAGUGGCUUCUCUGGGCAGAGCAGGCGCUGGCGGUGGGGUCAUUGAGCGGGACGCUGUCCUUCUCUGAGGACGUGCUCCGUCCCGAGGACGCCGAGGGCCUGGGCGAAGGGCGGGCCGCGUGCACACGAUGCCUUCUUCCACGGCAGGAAUUCUUACCAAAACCGCAAGCAAAAAAAUCCACAGCGAAACCAACCACCUAUGCCAGAGACGGGGUUAGGGUUUUCUAAACGUCUGUUAGGUUCCUAUUUUUAUAUCAUUUUGCCUAUGAACAUGGAGUUUGCAGUGGGAGUUUGAAGACAAAUGAUCUAUGUUUUUAUGAUUUUCUACGGAAGGGGUUUGGGGCUGGGCUCUUUGUGGGGGCGCCCUGCACAGGGUGGGUAACCCUGGGAAGUGCUCGUCCCCAAAUGCAGAUAAGGACGGGCUGCACCACAGGCCCGUGUUUUCUGGUGUUGCGUGUUUUCUGGGGCCUUUGUACAAACGUGUAGAUAACAUCUUGCUACAGUUUUUAUUUGUGAAUAAAAGAGUUGAUCACAUGG